AUGAGUAAUUCAGGGAUCUUCGUCAUCUUUACUGUAUUUCUAAUUUAUGCUUAUAAAGCAGAUGAUUGUGGAAAUGGUGAAUACUGUGAUGUUGGCAAUACAUUCUUACAUUCAACAUAUUGUUGCAAGGAUUCUUCUGGUAAACAAGCAUGUUGUAAAGAUUUCCGUUGGUGGCCACUUACCGUCACAAUUUGUGCUGUCGUCUUGGUACUUAUUAUAAUUUUCUUCUGUCUAUGUUGUUGCGGUUGUUAUGGUUGUUUAUUUGAUAUUUUAUGUUGUUGUUGUGGAGAUUAG